CGAGCACGCAGAGCCCCGCCCACCUGUGCGUUAGCAUCAUGGAUGUCGGUGCAUUGAAAUUCAGAAAUCGGUCAAACAGCAAUCUGCUGGUUGACUACGGCUUCCAGGGACACUGACGAUUCAACUAGACGAUAAAAAGGAGGUGGAGAAGGGAGCUGAACCUGAAGAUGAGGCGUCUGUCCAGAAAGAAGGCCCUGAGCCUGGUGAAGGAGCUGGACGCCUUCCCCAAAGUGUCAGAGAGCUACGUGGAGACGUCAGCGUCAGGAGGAACAGUGUCACUUAUAGCUUUUAGCGCCAUGGCACUUUUGGCCGUCUUAGAGUUCUUUGUUUAUCGGGAUACUUGGAUGAAGUAUGAAUACACAGUCGACAAGGAUUUUUCCAGUAAAUUGAGAAUAAACAUUGACAUUACAGUCGCCAUGAAAUGCCAGCAUGUGGGAGCAGAUAUCCUGGACCUUGCUGAGACCAUGAUCACAUCCAGCGGCCUGCAGUAUGAGCCUGUUAUUUUUGAACUGACUCCACAACAAAGACUGUGGCAAAGGACGCUGCAUCUCAUUCAGGGCAGGCUGAGGGAGGAACAUGCUCUACAAGAAGUCCUCUACAAAACUCUCCUCAAAGGAGCUCCUACUGCUCUGCCACCACGGGAAGAUGCGUCUGUGGAGCCGCUCACCGCUUGCAGGAUACAUGGACACGUUUACGUCAACAAGGUGGCAGGAAACCUUCACAUCACCGUGGGAAAGCCUAUUCAUCACCCUCAGGGCCAUGCACACAUUGCAGCUUUUGUGAGCCAUGAGACGUACAACUUCUCCCAUCGAAUAGACCAUUUAUCUUUCGGGGAGGAGAUUCCAGGCAUCAUUAAUCCUCUGGACGGCACGGAGAAAAUCACCUAUAACAAUAACCAGAUGUUCCAGUACUUCAUUACAGUGGUGCCCACCAAGCUCAACACAUACAAGAUAUCUGCAGACACACACCAGUUCUCUGUGACCGAGCGAGAGCGAGUCAUCAACCACGCAGCAGGCAGUCACGGCGUUUCUGGCAUCUUCGUCAAGUACGACACCAGCUCUUUGAUGGUGACCGUCAGCGAGCAGCACAUGCCGCUUUGGCAGUUCCUGGUGCGACUGUGUGGCAUAAUCGGAGGCAUAUUCUCCACCACAGGAAUGCUUCACGGUCUUGUCGGCUUCUGUUUUGACGUCGUCUGCUGUCGCUUCAAACUCGGAGUCUAUCGGCCCAGAGAGGAUGUGCAGCUACACGACCAGGCGAACAAUCUGAACCAUCACCGGCCUCCUCUGCUGGCUGAUGAAGCCCCUCAGGAAUAGCUGCCAGUCAGUCAGUCAGUCAUCAUCGGACUCUCCUCCUCCUGAACCGUUUGAUGGUAAAGAAGCCACCAGACAAUAAAUGAACAAUGUCAGUGCUUACUCAUCCCAGUGGGACAGAUGGCUUCAAUCAGUCCAUCAAAUGAUAUUGUGUUUAUUGAAGAUGUUCAUACGUCCUCGCCUUUCCUCCUUGUGUCUCCCUCCUGACAUGUGACAAUUACAGUAUUGAAAGUGUUCUCAGAAAGUCUAUUUUAUCUUCUCGGUGACCUAUGUUUACCUUAAUUCAACUCACAACAUGCUAUAAUGUGACGAAUGAGUGCAGAAUGUGCGGCUGCGAUACAUUUUAAAUACACAUCAACCUCAAGAAUACAAAAAGAAAACUUACA